AUGCAGGAGGAGACGAAGACCACCGUUGACUACCGGAUGGAGAGAGCGUCCGGGCCCCACUUCUCGGGCCUCCGACUCGACGGCCUCUUAUCUUCUUCUCCUUCAUCACCGUCGCCUGCCGCGGAUUCUUCAAACCUAGCCGACUCCAACGCCGCCAAGCAGCCCUUCGUCAUCGGUGUUUCUGGAGGUACGGCUUCCGGCAAGACCACUGUGUGCGACAUGAUCAUCCAGCAGCUUCACGAUCAUCGCGUCGUUCUUGUCAAUCAGGAUUCAUUUUACCGUGGUUUGACACCUGAGGAGUCUGAACGAGUCCAUGAGUAUAAUUUUGAUCAUCCUGAUGCAUUUGACACCGAACAGAUGUUAGAAUGUGUUCAAAAGUUAAAGUGCGGGCAGUCUGUCCAAGUUCCAAUUUAUGAUUUUAAGAUACAUCGACGCUGUUCUGAUACUUUUCGCCAGGUGAAUGCUUCCGAUGUCAUCAUCUUGGAGGGAAUUCUGGUUUUCCAUGACCAGCGCGUACGUAAUUUGAUGAACAUGAAGAUCUUUGUCGACACAGAUGCUGAUGUCAGACUUGCUCGUAGAAUAAGACGAGACACUGUUGAGAGGGGCAGGGACAUUGACUCUGUUCUUGAGCAGUAUGCCAAGUUUGUCAAGCCUGCUUUUGAUGAUUUUGUUCUCCCCUCAAAGAAGUACGCUGAUGUGAUCAUCCCCCGGGGAGGCGAUAACCAUGUUGCUAUUGAUUUAAUUGUACAACAUAUUCGGACAAAGCUUGGUCAGCAUGAUCUUUGCAAAAUAUAUCCUAAUGUGUACGUUAUACAGUCCACAUUUCAGAUUAGAGGCAUGCAUACACUGAUUCGAGACCGAGAAAUAUCAAAGCAUGAUUUUGUAUUUUAUUCAGAUCGCCUAAUUCGUCUGGUUGUGGAGCAUGGCCUUGGUCAUUUGCCAUUCACAGAGAAACAAGUAAUAACUCCACCAGGAUCUGUUUAUACUGGGGUUGAUUUCUGCAAGAAAUUAUGUGGAGUUUCAAUUGUUCGAAGUGGUGAGAGCAUGGAAAAUGCAUUGCGUGCAUGUUGCAAAGGAAUAAAAAUUGGGAAGAUCUUGAUUCAUCGUGAUGGAGACGAUGGCAAACAGCUUAUAUAUGAGAAGCUCCCCAAGGAUAUUUCAGAGCGUCAUGUCCUGCUUUUAGACCCUGUACUUGCUACAGGUAACUCUGCUAACCAGGCUAUUGAACUACUCAUACAGAAGGGGGUUCCUGAAUCGCAUAUAAUAUUCUUAAACCUUAUAUCUGCUCCUGAGGGAAUUCAUUGUGUUUACAAACGAUUUCCAUCCUUGAAGAUUGUCACUUCAGAGAUUGAUGUUGCCCUCAAUGAAGAAUUUCGUGUCAUACCAGGGUUGGGUGAAUUUGGUGAUCGUUACUUUGGCACGGAUGAUUGAUCAUAGAUAAGUGAUCCUAAUUGGGCUGUGGCAAGUGAAAUAGAUUGUUAUACAGAAACACCAAGGAGAUUUGUUUAUGCAACUCCUGCUACUGACUCAACUUUUGAGUUAUGGUGUAUUGCACUUAUGUCCUAACUGCGGUCCGGUUGCUUGAAUCGGUCAAAUUGCAGUAUUUAAACAUUGUGAUGUUAGUGGCAUCAUAAUGCCCUCGUAUGCAAUUUGUAAAAGUUUGGAAAUUUCAAGGCAAUAUAACCAGGAUCGGGAUGUCUAGGGUCUGGUCUGUGCUAUGUACAGUGUAGCCUUGUUUCCAUUGACUAAUAGACCUAUUUUCCAUUUGAAUGUUAUUACUUAUUAUGAACAAGACAAA